UCCUGUGCUGCAUUUUGCGUCGGCCGACAAACCCAGGAAGGAAGGGGAGAGGACAGGCCCCGCCGAGGGAGACGGAAAUGAGAGGGGGGUGUCCAAAGAGGAAACCCUAUCCCUUUAAGAGCAAGUGGGACAUAGCGGUGCGAGAAAAGGAGAGGAGGGGGAGAAGAAAGAGGAAUUAAAAAAGAAAAGGAAGAAAGAGACAGGGAGGGAGGAGGGAGAGCGGGCGAUAAAAAAAGAAAGAUGACAUCCUCGCAGCUGAACGGCCGAGGUGGAGCGAUAGGCUGCGGCCCGGCGAGAGCGCCGCUCGCCGGGGUCAGGGCUUGAAUCCAACAACGAGGCUUCGACAAACACCCGAUUGGCCUAUUGGGGGAAAUCGGAAAAAUAGAUUCAUAAAUUAAAAACAAAGCAUGACCUGCCGUGCUACCAGAUACGUGUGUUAUAACCCAUAUUUGUUCUCUUGCGUAAAAAUGCAUUUAUUUCACGUAGAAUGGUUUAUGUUUAUUGCGAAAGUGUAAUACUGUAAAAUGCGAUUUGGGGUGUUUUUGAAAGCAGUUUUGUUGUGUGAUAUUGCGCUUUAGCCAGAUGAGUGUUUGGUGAAUUAAAGUUAGAAACCAAAGUGAAAAGAGAAACAGGCCAUUAUCGGACCUGGCCUGCUCCGCUGCUGACUGUGUACUGCAGCCUGCGUUAGUCAACAGCUGCGUGCAUUUUAAUUGACAGCAUUAGGCUACCUCAAUGAGAAAAACAUAUUUUUGCAGACGACUUUAUUCACGUUUUUCAAGAAUAUCCAGAAGCCCGUCGUUUCUGCUGCAGGACAGGCGACUGUUUGCGCCUCGAUCACCGGUGGGCCGAUCAAACCAUGCAAAAGCUGCCCUCCUCGAUCUCAAUCAGGAGCUGACUUCAUAAUCUCCAUCGCUGUGGCGCAAAAUGGAUGCUGCUUGGAGCAAUUUCCUCUUCCAGAAUACUCCCACCCAAAACCAAGUGGAGGGGAGCCUCCAAUCAGAGCUCAUGCCAGUGCAUACGAGUUCUCCCCAAACCCCACCCACAGAGCACAUAGCUCAGCCUCCUUCAACUGUGGACACUGCUGCUCUGAGUGAGGAACCCCUGCCUGGUGAGGGACACUGCAAUGCCUCCUACACCUGUGGAGCGGACAAGAUGAAGCCAGUGUCUCGGCCGGCCCGCGUGCCCCACAUCUGUGCCAUCUGCAACAAGCAGUUCAAGAACAACUACAACCUGCGGCGGCACCAGUCGGUCCACACUGGGGUACGCAUGAAGGACAGGGCCAGAGAGCAGGCGGAGGGGGCAAAGGAGGGAGCAGCCGGCCAGGUGGCGGUGGCGGUGGCGGCCCCGUCGGCGAUGGCGGUGGGGGCUGGAGGGAGGGUGGAGAGGCCCACUGUUCCCCUCUCCCUGCUACACCUCUCCGCACCUCCCCCUCUCGCCCCUCCCGGCGUGCUGGCGGGGGCCCAGCAGCCCCCCCUGGGUAGUCAGGAUGGUGAAGGGGUGGCCAUGGCUAACGUAAUGGCUAGUGUUAACCCCCAUGCUCCGCCUCCUGCUGCUGUCGUCAUGGCCACAGGGGCGACAGUACAGCGGCCCGCCAAUCCCAACCCAAACCCGGUGAGGAAGAACCACGCCUGCGAGACGUGCGGGAAGGCUUUCCGCGAUGUUUACCACCUCAACCGCCACCGCCUGUCCCACUCGGACGAGAAGCCGUUUUCCUGUCCUAUCUGCCAGCAGCGCUUCAAGAGGAAGGACCGAAUGAGCCACCACGUGCGCUCCCACCAGGGGGGUGUGGAAAAACCCUACGUCUGCCCUCACUGUGGCAAGGCUUUCUCCAGGCCCGACCAUCUAAACAGUCACGUCAGACAGGUGCACUCCUCAGAGAGACCCUUCAAAUGCCCGACUUGUGAGUCCAGCUUUGCCACGAAGGAUCGUUUGCGUGCGCAUAUGAUUCGCCACGAGGAGAAGGUCCCCUGCCACAUCUGUGGCAAGCUGCUGUCUGCUGCUUACAUCACAGAUCACAUGAGGGUGCACAACCAGUCGUCGCAUCACGCUUGCCAUCUCUGUAACCGCAGCUUCACCACGCUGACAUACCUUCGUGUCCACGCCCAGAAGCACCACGGCCAGGAGUGGAAGGACAGUCCGGGGGGCUUCGGCGGCACGGCCUCUGGCGGCAUUCUCGUCUGCCACUUGUGCGGCGUUCAUUGCAAGACGCCCACCCAGCUCCAGGGUCACAUGGGCACCCACAGCAACAGCCAGGGCGCCCCGAGCCCCAUCACCUCUAACGUGGGUGCCAGCAGCUCUGUCUCCCUCAGCAACAUGGUGACGGCGCCCACCGUGUACGUCACCGGCAACACGGUGGUGGACCUGCUCGUCACAGACUGCUCUAGCAUCGCGGCGCCUCAGUCCCACAGUUAGCAGAGGAGAGCUCAGCAAUAAUAACCUCAGUCCCUUAACAGAGGGCAAGGUAGAGAAGGUUAAAGUUACGUGUAGAUGCUGAUCCCGUUUCAGUUUUUUAAUGUCCCCACUUAUAGGUAAGGUUAGGAUUAAAAGGUGGGGGAGAUUAACUCCAGUCAACGUUCAAAGGGCAGUAUCACCUCCGAGCUGCAGGGCUGGAGCAUCAGAGAAAAGGAAGCUGUAUUAAUCGAGAAAGAGGGACCUUUGUUGCUGCAGCAGGUUCAUUGACACUAACGACAAACAUGGAUGUGUUGUCCAAAUAUUCCUGAAUGCUCUCAUGCAUUUAAGACUCCAAUGAAACUGUGGUAUUGUGAGCAUCUACUGUAUUACUCUCCCCUCUCUGCCCUCUCUCUCUCUCUCUCUCUCUCUCUCUCUCUCUCUCUCUCUCUAUCUCUCUUUCUAUCCCUCCCCUCGACCCUGGCAUUGGCUGCUCUCUGCAAGUGCACCAAGUACUGUAUAUCUCACACCAGCUCUGAUCUUACCUCCAUUUUGCAGCUCACUUACUAAGAAUCCAAAUGGCUUGCAUUGAGAAGUAGUAGGAAGAGAAUAGCUCUAACGAAGAAACAUUAGAAGGGAAGUUUGGGUGUGUGUGUGUGAGUGUGUGUGCGUGUAAGUAAGUAAGUAAGUCAGGGCUCCGCUAGCAUGUUAGCUCGUUUGUUCACAAGACUAAAAUCAACAUUUUAUUCUUUUUGAAAAGCUGUAGUCUCUAGAGGGCUGUUUAUUGAUCAGGACAGGCGGGCCAUACGUGUCGUGGUUGGUAUGGAAACGUGGGAUGUACUUGUUCAUUUGUUUCCUAAAGGUACAGAGAAAAGAGUUGUGUUCAGGAGUGUCAAGCACCUUAAAUUGUUAUUGUUUGAUGCAGCGAGGAUCAAAAUGGGUUUGAGAUUUCUUGGAUUUUCUUGCUCUGAGUCUUCCUCUCUGGGUCUGGCCAUAAAAUAUAUUUACAAAAAAAAAAAGAAACAUAACUGCUAAUCAACACUUCAGCUUCUGACAUGGCAAUUCUUGCACCAGAAAACGACCUUUUGCAUGAGAAUAAGCCCGCUCAGUCAUGCUUAUUGUUAGGGAGCUGUCAUGACAAAAGAAACCUUUAGCAGUUCCACCGAGUUAGUUGGCUGUAAACAAAAAUAUUUAUAAAAAAUGUUGAUUUAAUUCAGAAUAUUUUAACAUUGUUGGCCAUUCAUUUGAUUGUAACUGUCAUUGCCAUAGUCCUUCUUUUGUUUUCUCUAUGUACCAGUCCAAUGGGUGAAACAUAUGCAUUAGAUUUAGUCCUUUAACUCUGUAUAGCACAUAAUGCUCUGAACGCAAGUCGUUAUCGUUCUACAUUAAUCAUGUGAGGAAUGGUCACUUGUCUGUUGGAUAUCUUUGGUUGCUUUGAGUUUAUUGUGAGUGACGUGGUGUCGAGAAAGGGCUUAUAAAGUCAGAAGUACAAUGGGAGUUUGAGACACCACUUGGUAUGCUGUAAACAAAUCCUGGUUUUGUACUGGAGUGCUUUUUCAGUUUUGUGUUGAUAUGUUACCUGGAAAUUUGUAGAGUUGUUUCUUUCUUCCUAUUCUCUUUUUUUCUCCUUUGGAAAUGUGUUCUUCCUGUUGAGAAAAGUAGUGAUUUAUUAAAAAAAACAAGUUAAUUUUAGGGUUUUCUCCAUCACACUAAGAAAAAAAUAAUACCUCUACUCUAGGAUUCUGUACAGCUCUUGUGAUACAUCUUAAUGCCUUAUCAUACUCAACUGCAUUUUAAUUCUUUUAUGAUGAAAUACUUCAAAUCUUAGUCAUGGAUUCAUUAAGAAUAUUAAUGGGAUGUAUUUAUAUUUAUAUUUUUAUAUUUCUCAACAGUAUGCAUGUCUAAAAGGUUGUUAGAGCAAAAACAAAAUCAAUGAUGCUUAAUACAGUCAUAAAUAUUAUGUUAUUUUGUAGCUGAAGUAGAGAUCAUGUUAUUAUUUUGUAAUUUGGACAAUUUAAAGUAAAAAGAGUAAACCGGC